UCACUAUUCUUUUAUUAUCCUCGAAAAUCGUGCUUGUCCUGACUUAAGCGUCGAAGUGCCUUUUACAGGUACCUCCCCUCUCCGAAGUAUCUACUUGAAGCUCCCGUUCGGCCCCUCAUCUCAGAAGACUACGAGUGUGCCCUCAGACAGGAGAAUGAGAAUAUUAUUUGUUCUCACUGUCAUUCAAUGCCAGAACCUCACCCUCUAAUUAUUCCUAUACUAGAGGAAGUUGGUUUUUCUGGGGUUGCAAAGCUCAUACAUCUGAAAGUGGAUCACGCAUUAAUCACAGCUUUGGUUGAAAUAUGGAGACCUAAGACUCAUACAUUCCAUUUUCCAACUGGAGAGUGCACCAUAACACUGGAGGAUGUUGCACUUCAACUUGGCUUAAGAGUUGAUGGUUUACCAGUCAUUGGCCCAACAUUAUAUGACUGGGAGGAAAUGUGCUCCACCUAUCUCGGAAUCAUGCCAGUUAAAGUUUUUAUGGGCGCCAUAUGGAGUAUUGCAAACAGCAAUACCGAUGCAAGCAUAUAGAGAUGCUCUGCUAUGGACAUCAUGCACCUCCAUUAUUUGUUUUGCAAUUGUUGAAUGGCACCAAUCUGAUAGAGUGAAAUUGCAAUUUCGUCUCUUCCAGGAUGUCCCUUCUCCACCGAAUAAUUUGGAUAACCUGCACAACAUUGACAUGAGGGGCAGACAAGAUGAAAAUUGGGUUACAAGACAUGCUCAAUGGAUCGACAUAUGGAACAAUAGACGUGAGCACACAUUGAUGGGUCAUCCAAUGCAAGGCCCACUGUUUCAUACACGAGAAUACAUGGAAUGGUACAUGGCCAAUUCCAUCUAUUUUUUAUCUGUGCCACGACUACUACAAGAUCCAAGGACCCGUCAACAACGAAGGACUUCUAUAACAUUUGAGACUGGUGGAACUUCCAUGCGAUCGCAUGAAGAGACUGGUCAGCAUGUAUCAAAUCCUCAGUAUGUCACUCCUGAACAAAACAUAAUUGACAAACGACAUUCAUUUGGCAUAGGAGGACAACUGCCUCAAUCACCUUGCAGUUACCAAGACCUUGUCUACGCUUUCAUUAUCAAAAUAUGA